AGCAAUUGUAAAUAAAAUGAAUCCAUCAGGCGAUGUGAUGACCAUAGAGAUGCCUGCGUUAGGACGUCCCUUUUCCCUUGGUAUGCUCUAUGACUGUCGGGAUGAAAAACUUAUUUCAGGUAUCACUUUAUGGAACCUGGAAGAACUUAAAAAAGACAUUGCUACAUCAUCUCAAGAUAACACGUCCUUUGAGAUUCUAGCAUCAGAUACGGUCUCUGAUAAGUCUUCUACAAUGAAUAUCACAGCUUCCCUAAAAGCCAGUUUUUUGGGAGGUCUGGUACAGGUUGGAGGAGCUGCUACAUACAUGAAUGACAACAAGACGUCUAAAAACCAAGCCAGAGUCACUCUUAAAUAUUCAAGAACCACAAAGUUUGAACAACUGAAUAUGAGUCACUUAGGAUCCCAGAACAUAAUCUAUCAUGAAGUGUUUGAUAAAGGAACAGCCACCCAUGUGGUCACUGGUAUUUUAUAUGGGGCUGAUGCCUUCUUUAUAUUUGAUCAAGCGGUGUCAACAUCAGAAGACACUGAGGACAUCCAAGACAAUCUUAAUAUUAUGAUAAAGAAAAUACCAACCAUGAAAAUGAAAGGAAAUGGUUCCCUGUCAAUGAAUGAUAAAGAAAAGGAAAUGUGUAAAAGAAUUAGCUGCACAUUUCAUGGGGAUGUGACUCUUGAUUUUAAUCCAGUGAAUUAUGAAGAAGCUGUUAAAAUCUAUGUCAGUCUUUCAAAAGCUUUAGGGCCAAAUGGGGAAAAGGCAGUGCCAGUGAAGGUCUUGUUGUAUCCUCUAAAGAAGCUGGACAACAGAGCAGCUCAAUUGGUUCAAGAGAUGAAUGUGGACCUUGUUUAUCGGGCAGAAAAUAUAAUUCAGCAGCUGGAAGACAUAAACAUGCAGUGUAAUGAUCUGAUAAAACACCCAGCUGCUGUGACCUUUCCUGGACUAAAAAAGAAAAUUAAUAUGUUUAGAAAGCAAAGCUCUCAACUUAAACUCAAUUUCCAAAAGCAACUUGCAAAGACAUUGCCCUGUAUUCGUGGUGGAGAAUCCAAUGAAUCUGAGCUUGUGGAUAUUUUAACUAAUAUAGAACAGUCACCAUUUGGAUCUUUUCAUGUUGACUUGUUUCUGAGCACAAAACAUCAAGAAAUGGAUUUUGUUAAAUCAUAUCUCAAUGUCCUGUCAAAUUUUAAAAUAUUACAUACAGACAAGGAGCUAAAGGAUACAUUAAGAGAUCCCACCUAUGACAAUGUUGUAUGUUUUAAUUUUUCCUUAAUCAAUGAAAAUGACCAAUACUUACAAGAUGUUAGUAAAUGGUUAGAUAAUCAAUAUCAAGUAGAUUUCUAUAAGCCUGAGAAACCAGCCAUGCCAUGGUUCAAAAACAGGAAUGUUAUAAAUAUGUCCAGGCAAUAUUUAAAGGCAUUUCAAAAAUUUGCUCAAACCAAUGAACCCCAUAGUCAUACCUGCUACGCUAUUUCUUGUGCUUCUGAUCCCACAUACCCUGAAGUUUCCAAUCAUCUCUAUGAAUAUGGGCAACUGGUAAAUGCCAGGUUUGAACUUCCAUCAAAACUAGAUACACAUAACAGUAUGGAACUGCUCCUGCAACCAGCAGACUUUGGAAAGCAAAAUAUUGAAGGUUACAAAGUGGGAUAUAAAUGUGCUGAGUCAAACAACUGGUUAUCUAUAAAUAUAAAGAAGAAAGAGGAGAAGAUUAUAGUAACUGGGCUUAAAGCCAAUACGUACUAUACCUUUGGGUAUUCUGCACUGUGUAAAGCAGGACAAAGCAUGAACAGUGACAUUACAGCUGCACAUAAGCCCAUUCCCAAAGGUUCACAAGAAUCACUACAGAUUAUAGCUGAACCAACGUCUUUGAUGGUAUCUUGGAAAACUCCAAAAGUUGUGGGAGAUGAUGAGACUAUAAAGGAACAUAGAUUUGAAUAUUCAGAGGAAAGUGUCAUUAAGUGGCUUAAAAUUCAAACCCAGAAGAAUCCUACAGAGUGUGUUAUUCAGAGCCUUAAGUCAAACACUGAAUACCAAGUUAGCGUUAAGGCCAUUUGUGAAGAUGAUCAUGUGGAAAAUCUGCUCAUUUCAGCCCCAAGAGAAGAAUCAUGUGGUUUAGCUAGUAGUCUCUGUCAAGAAAGUACUUUGCUAGUCAAUGGAACACCAUCUGUUUACCAGCUUAAUUCUGUACUUUCUCAAGGUCAAUACCAAAAUUACAUCUGUAAAGAGAAUCUGUACUCAAGUAACAAAGUCAUCUUGUUAGUAGGUGCUACAGGGACAGGAAAAACCACACUCAUAAAUAGCAUGGCUAACUACAUUUUGGGAGUGAACUGGGAAGAUAACUUUCGAUUUAAACUUGUAAAUGACGUUACACAUCUGUCUCAAGCAAACAGUCCGACUGCAGCAGUUACUGCUUACAAGAUGAAUUAUAGCAGUGGGUUUACAAUACCAUUCUCCCUCACUCUAAUAGACACACCAGGAUUUGAGGACCUUGGAGCCACUGAACAAAAUGAAAAGAUAACUGAAUCUAUCUAUAACUUUUUCUCCUCUUAUAAUGGAAUUGAUCAUAUAGAUGCUGUGUGCUUUGUAGUACAGUCCUCACUGCCUCAGCUGACACCUACACAGAGAUAUAUAUUUAACUCUAUAUUUUCUAUUUUUGGAAAAGAUAUCAAAGACAACAUAUUGAUACUUACCAGCUUCUCAGAUGGACAGAGACCUCCCAUUCUAGAAGCUUUAAAAGAAACUGACUUCUCCUGUGCUGUGGAUGACAAUGGUGACCCUCUCCACUUCAAGUUCAAUAAUUCUGCUCUGUUUGCAAACAAUGAACCAAAUGAAAUGGGUUUUGAUAAAAUGUUCUGGGCCAUGGCACAACAUAGUAUGGAGAAGUUUUUUAGAGCAUUAAACAAAAUGAAGACUAAAAAAUAUGAAGAAGCUCAUCGAAAAAUCUUGAUUGAUGAUAUAAUCUUCAAAGACUUUAGCAAGGAUGUUCAUAAUUAA